AUGAUGCCCCUUUGGUGGCAGAAAGUGAAGAUGAAUCAAGAAGCUCUUAAUGAUGGAAAACCUCCCCCAAGAAACCUGCUCUUUCUCCCAGAGAGAACCAUCAUCUUAUAUAUUAUAUAUUUUAAAGAACAAGAACUCCAACAUUUUGGCUCCCGAACAGGGACAACUGCUGUUUCAGAAGCAAUAAAUUCUGGCCCCCUACGGGGAUCAAGUGACAUGGGUUUAGAAGAGCCAAAGAAAAUGACAAGGGAAGACUGGAGAAAGAAGGAGGAGCUAGAAGAACAGAGAAAGCUGGGUAAUGCCCCAGCUGAAGUGGAUGAGGAAGGAAAAGAUAUCAAUCCUCAUAUUCCUCAGUACAUCUCCUCUGUGCCAUGGUAUAUAGAUCCAUCAAAAAGACCCACACUAAAGCAUCAGAGACCCCAACCCGAGAAACAAAAAGAGUACAGUUCAUCUGAAGAAUGGUAUAAGAGAGGUGUAAAGGAGAAUAUUGUGACUACAAAAUAUCGCAAAGGAGCAUGUGAAAAUUGUGGGGCUAUGAUACACACAAAAAAAGAUUGCUUUGAGAGACUGAGGCAUGUUGGUGCCAAAUUCACAGGAACUAACAUAGCACCAAAUGAACAUAUACAACCUCAACUUAUGUUUGAUUAUGAUGGUAAAAGGGAUCGCUGGAAUGGUUACAAUCAGGAACAUAUGAAGAUUGUGGAAAAAUAUGCCAAAGUUGACCUUGCUAAACGUACAUUGAAAGCUCAGAAGCUACAGGAAGAAUUAGCCUCAGGAAAGUUAAUGGAACAGGUGAAUUCCCCAAAACAUCAGUUUUGGGGUGAAGAAGAACCAAAUUCUCAAAUGGAAAGAGACCAUAACAGUGAAGAUGAAGAUGAAGAUAAAUAUGCAGAUGACAUUGAUAUGCCUGGACAAAAUUUUGACUCUAAAAGACGAAUUACUGUCUGGAAUCUCAGAAUUAGAGAAGACAUUGCUAAAUACUUGAGAAACUUAGAUCCCAAUUCUGCCUACUAUGAUCCAAAAACAAGAGCAGUGUGAGAGAAUCCCUAUGCCAAUGCAAGAAAGAAUCCUGAUGAAGUUAGUUAUGCAGGAGACAAUUUUGUACGAUACACUGGAGAUACCAUUUCAAUGGCACAAACACAGUUGUUUGCCUGGGAAGCUUAUGACAAAGGGUCUGAAGUGCAUCUCCAAGCAGAUCCAACAAAACUGGAGUUACUGUAUAAAUCAUUUAAAGUCAAGAAAGAAGAUUUCAAAGAACAACAGAAAGAAAGCAUCCUAGAGAAGUAUGGAGGUCAAGAACAUCUGGAUGCUCCCCCUUCUGAAUUACUCUUAGCUCAAACAGAAGACUAUGUGGAAUAUUCAAGACACGGAACAGUCAUCAAAGGACAAGAGAGAGCUAUUGCCUGCUCUAAAUAUGAGGAAGAUGUCAGGAUCAACAAUCAUACACAUAUCUGGGGUUCCUAUUGGAAAGAAGAUAGAUGGGGAUAUAAGUGCUGUCAUUCCUUUGUUAAGUUUUCCUACUGUACUGGAGAAGCUGGGAAGGAAAUUGCUAAUGCAGAUGAAUAUAUUCCUGAUGAUACUGUAGGAGAAGAGCAAACAAGCAGACCAAAAACUCUAAUGGAGCUUCACCAAGAGAAGCAGAAAGAGGAGAAGAAGAAAAAGAAGAAGCAUAGGAAGAGUAGUUCUGACAGUGAGGGUGAAGAAAAGAAGAAACACGAAAAACUGAAAAAGGCAUUAAAUGCUGAGGAGGCCCACCUUCUCCAUAUCAAGGAGAUCAUGCAAGUAGAUGAGAGGAAGAGGCCCUACAAUAGCAUGCAUGAGACUCGAGAGCCUACUGAAGAGGAAAUGGAGGCCUAUAGGAUGAAACGUCAGAAGCCGGAUGACCCCAUGGCUUCUUUUCUUGGGCAAUAAUAAUAUGAGUGGAAAGAAAAUUCACCUAAAUUGUAUAAAUUCUUUUUAUUCUCUUGGUAAAGUGAUGGAAAAAACUUCAUUUGUUUUCCUUACUAUCUUUUAAAUAAAUUUGUGGACCUCUUUCAUGAGUCCAUUACCUCUUCUACUCUAGAGAGAAAAACCAGCAACAAUCAUUGUAUUUCCUGAGAUGAAAUAGAAAAAGAGAAAAACUUCAAAACAAAGGAGAUUUAAGAAGCAUCUGACACUGAAAGAGCAUGGCUGACAAUGAGACGGUUAAAAGGACUUUUAAAAUCUUCAGGAAUCAUUGGAUUUCCUAACACAAGAUGAGACUGUUUUAGUUCUUGAAAAACCGCAAAAAUCGUUGGAUUCCUUGAGAUGAAAAAUUGUUGAUGAGACUUUUUGCAGUACUUCAGAGCUUACAGGAAUUAUUAGAUUCCUGGAACAUGAACUAAUGGACAAUGGAUUCCUUAUGGACUAUUUCUAAGAC